UGCGCUCAAGUUGACUGUGACGACCUGCUGAGACUUGAGUAGACAGCCUGAGUACUCUUCAAGUUCGUCUGCCCCAGGCUGGCCAUCUUCUCCCUCUUGUCUCGCCGAUUUGCUCUCAUCUAAACGUAUAUAACCUCGACAUGCACGCCAGAAAAACCAAACGAACAGCUGCAUCCGACUCAGUGCCUGUGAAGGGUGCCAAUGGCGGCACCGUGCGGAGGCGCACGCAUGGCGGUCUCAAAGUCAUGCCAACGGAUAUUCUCUACGAGAUCAUGCAGCGUCUUCACCCGCGCGACUUGCUGAGGCUCUCAUGGAGCUCAAAGUCAUUCCACGCGUUUCUCAUGAAGAAAAGCUCAGCUUUUAUAUGGAAAGCAUCGCUGAGCAGUGUCCAAGACCUGCCUCCGCGUCCAGAGCACUUAAUUGAGCCCGCAUGGAUUUCUCUAUUGUUCUCGUCGCAUUGCUCGGUGAGUGAUGGCUUCACUUCCAUUAUUGCCAGUUGAUGUCAACGUUCGCUGAAUGUCAGUCAUGUGGAACGGGAUCCAUUCCGGUGCCAGUAUGGGAAUUCUAUGCCCGUUUUUGUAAGCAAUGCAGCAGUACGAAGCUCAUGGACGAAGAUAGUUAUGAUCGCGCACUCCAGGAGAAAGGGGGCAUAUUUGCAGGU